AUGCAGAUACCUAACGCCCCAACUGACCCCGCCGAAGAGGAAGACCCUUCAGAGGAUGAAGAGGAAGACCCUUCGGAAGAUGAAGAUAAGGCCCAUAUAGAGGAGGUCGUAGAGUCCGGUGAUGAGGGUAUACUUGAGGACGCACAUUAUGAGUUAGAUAAUGAUGGUCUAGUAGAGGAUGAUGAGGGCCUCAUUGAUGAGGAGACUAUCCUUACUCCGUCACCCUCUCCAACUAUCAUCCAUACCACCAUCACAACAAGAGUCCCAUUUUGA